UGGAAAACUCAAAACAAGUUAUAAAUAAGCACGAAUACGAAUAUAUACGAUUCAGCUCUCGGAACAAGAAAAAAGAAGAGAAAAUGGCGGCCAAUUUCUGGACUUCUUCUCACUUCGAGCAGUUUUUGGACCCGGAAGAGGUGGAUGUGGUACAUCAGCAAGAUAAAGAUAAAGGCAUAACCCUUGAAGAAUUUAAGCUCGUUAAGAUGCACAUGACGAAUUGUAUUCAGAAACUGGCUCAAUUUGUUAAAGUGAGACAAAGGGUUGUAGCAACUGCAGUUGCAUAUAUGAGACGUGUCUAUACCAGAAAGAGUAUGAGUGAAUAUGAUCCACGUCUUGUUGCUCCUACUUGCUUAUAUUUGGCAUCCAAGGCAGAAGAAAGCACAGUGCAGGCUAGACUUCUUGUAUUUUACAUAAAAAAAUUAAAUUCUGAUGAGAAGUAUAGAUAUGAAAUCAAAGAUAUACUUGAAAUGGAAAUGAAGAUUUUAGAAGCACUCAACUAUUAUUUAGUUGUAUUUCAUCCUUACCGCACAUUAGUUCAGUUGUUGCAGGAUGCAGGCAUCAACGAUAUGAAUAUGACUCAAUUGUCUUGGGGACUUGUAAAUGACACAUACAAAAUGGACCUCGUCCUUAUACAUCCACCGUAUUUGAUUGCCUUAGCUUGCAUGUACAUUGCUAGUGUAUACCGAGAGAAAGAUACCACCACCUGGUUUGAAGAGCUUCGCGUCGAUAUGAAUGUGGUGAAAAACAUCUCCAUGGAGAUUUUAGAUUUCUAUGAAAACUACCAAACAAUUUCAGAGGAACGAGUGAAUGCUGCUUUCAGAAAACUUUCUUUUAAGCCUUAGAUGGUUGAGUGAAGACAAGCAGCUCUGACAAGCACUGGCAUAACAACAUUGUAUUGCAUGACUGGAUGUUGUUGCCUUGUCUGUUGUAAGCAAUUGUAAAACAGGUAAAUAUGGUUUAGGAACAAGUGAAAACAUGAAGAUCUCUGGUUUGAUUUGACCUACUGGCCCUGUAUGAUAUUACAAUGGUACUAUUACAAGUUUGCAGGUAGAUGAUUACUGAUUAGAGUGCA